AGGAGAGCUCCGCGCGUUCCGGCCCGGCCCCGCGGCCCCGCGACGUCACCGUGUUUACAGUGCGCGCGUGGCGCGGCGCCGCGCUCUGGGACGGGGGAAACGGGGAACGGGGAACGGGCCCCGCGCGGUCCGCUCGGCGUUGGGGGGGAAUUGGCUGCGGCCGUGCUGAGCUCAGUGCUUUUGAGCGCCGGGGAAAUGUGUUGAGGCGGCAUUUUCUUCGCUGCAGUCAUCGCGUUUGGCACUUUUCAGCGCGAUCUUUCUUCGGGAACCUCUCAAAAGCGGAGCAAUCAGCGGUCUGCAGAGCCGGGGCUGCGUCUGGGUUCUGCGUCCCCCGGGUCACCCCACCCCCGUGCUGCCCGGGCUGUGCUGCGUCCCUGGAAAGGGAUGGGGGGGUCCAAACUGCCGCCGCGUUCAGGCACGACCCCGUCCCAGAGCCUCUCCCCGAGCACAGCACGCACUGCCCGGUUCCUCGGGUACAGAUGCUGCAGCCCUCGCGUCCGACAGAAGCGACGUUGCGGUUCGGGGCUGGGGAGCACUCUCCCAACCCCAUCGUGGCUCUCUGGGUCCCUGCAGCCCACGGGGCACGUCCCAGCCGUGUCCCUUGGCCAGGUCCCUCAUGCUCCAUUUCUAUGCUCGCUUCACACAGCAGCUCUCGUUGGUCCAUCCUUUUGCGUCUGUGUCUGGAUUUCUGUGUUUUUCUUAGCAGAAAUGACAGUGUGAAGUGCAGAGUGAGCGCUGACUCUGGGGUCGGGGCUGUGUGAACGCCCUGCUCUGCACCCUGAGGAGCUCUGCCCGUGCCCGGCCCAAUUCAGUGUUUGUUUUUUCUCUGCAAUGAAGGAAGUUUGAGUGUUUCCCGACAACGGGAGACCAUUCAGCACUGCAGGGCACACGUUUCUGCAGCCUUACCAGCCCCAGCGCACGGUCAGGGGGUUCUGCAGGGCCAGUGUUAUGCCUCUCCCCAGUUAUUCUCUUCCUUCUGCCCCCUUUUUCCAGCAGCCAUUUUGUUUGCUGGGGGGGGGAGGAACAGAGGAAAGAAAGAGAAAUAACGGUACGGGAAAGCAGAGAACUGAUUUCAGGAGGCAGCAGUCUCCGUGUGCUCCCCCCCCCACUGCAGCCGCCUCCCUUGGUGGCAAAGUGACCCUUAUGGCCGUGCUGUCAGGUUGUCACGGACAUCGUGCUGCAAGGAACAUUGUCCUCUGGGUAUAAAUAGCCGCCUCCUGGCAGGCUCCGGCCUUGGGAACGUCUGAAUUGUGCUCGUCUGCUCGAUGUCCUGCAGAACGCUGAUCCCGCUCACCUCUAGCAGACAGCGCUGGGCGCAUUGCGGGAGCCUGAGCCGCAGCUGCUGGAGGAGCAAAAAUUCGUAUUUGCUGACUGUACAUCUGGGUCUUGGCUGCAACUCUGCCUCUUACGUCUAGCAAACAAAAGAGCAGCAAACAGAAUUGCUGUUGGCUGGCACGGAAGGUACAAAGGUGCUCGCGGGCUGCACCUGCACGGAGCGCUCGCCUUGCUGCAGGAAGCAGCUCCUGGUUGUGUGAGACAGACGUGGCUGCUGUCUGACAGCUGGGGAUUCAGUUUGUUGGGGUGCAGUGGCAUUCCGACCUGAGGUGUGAGGGCAGGAGGUGUGCAGGGACAGGAGCAGGAGCCCAGAGCCUGACUGACGUGGCUGCCGUGUUAUGACGACCCCCAACAAAGGAAACAAGGCCUUGAAGGUGAAGCGGGAGCCAGGCGAGAAUGGGACCAGCCUGACAGACGAGGAGCUGGUGACCAUGUCUGUGCGGGAGCUGAACCAGCAUCUGCGGGGCCUAUCCAAGGAGGAGAUCAUCCAGCUGAAGCAGCGUCGGCGCACGCUGAAGAACCGAGGCUACGCGGCCAGCUGCAGGGUCAAGCGCGUUACCCAGAAGGAGGAACUGGAGAAGCAGAAGGCAGAGCUGCAGCAGGAGGUGGAGAAGCUGGCCUCUGAGAACGCCAGCAUGAAAAUGGAACUUGAUGCUCUCCGCUCCAAAUACGAGGCACUCCAGAACUUCGCCAGAACCGUGGCCCGGAGCCCUGUCACCCCUGUGCGGGGCCCUCUCACCUCCAGCAUGGGGCCCCUCGUCCCUGGCAAGGUCGCUACCACUAGUGUCAUCACAAUAGUGAAAUCCAAAACGGACGCCCGGUCUUAGUGAAGCGAGUGUUGCCUGAGCUUGUCUGUGCAGGGCAAUUAGGCACAAAACCAGCCUGGAAUCCCCAAAGCACAAACCCUCCCCACGCGGGUCAGGGUUCCUUCUACUUGGCCCAGGACUGGCCUGCUGAUCGCUCUGGUUUUGUUUUGUUGUGUUCAGAUUGGUAUGAGCAGUGGUGAUGCAUCCCUUGUCCUGUGCAGACAGCACCUCCCACCCAGCGGUCUGUAGCCCUCAGCUGCCCUUGGGACAGGCUGUAAGAUCUCGGUGUUCUAGCCAAAGGAAGUCUGCGCAGCGCAGCGAGAGGCCUGGAGGGAGGCUUUCUUCCUGGAACCCCAGUUUUCAGUCACUUCCAAAGGCUUUAUUUCAUUACUCUUCCAGGUGGUGUAUCCAGGUGCCUGACUGCCCGGCACCUGAGCCUGCUGCUUUUGUCUCAUCCGGUACCUGUAGUUGCAGCUGGGGUGUUCUGUGUAAUAGAUGUGGUAUUCAUUUCUAGGUGCGCCUCUGUGCCCGAGCAGUGAGUUUCCUUCAGGCUUCCAUUGCAGUAGAGUGUGGAUAGCGGUGGUGGACGGGAAGAUGCUGGUGUGCCCCGCUGCCUCUGCCCCAGCAGAGGGGAGGGGGAUGGGACGGGGUCUGUGCGGGGGCCCAGCACUUGGGGGGGGGCGAGGGGAGGGAGGUACCUUGCUGACUGCAGGCCGGUUUUGUGCCUAAUGUGUUGCACUGAACAAGACCAAAAUCACUAGUUGUUCCCGUGUUUUGAGGGUAUCAAGUGUCUCUAGUGUGAUGGUUUACACGACCAGUUUAUGUGGUUAAAUAGCCCUUUUAUUUAAAGAGAAACAUCGUUUUAAGAGUUAUUAAAUUAUCUAAGUUUAAAAUGAAAAUCAGACAGAAGAGAGAGCGUAUUUAUAGUCAGCUUUUUUUAUCCGAGAGGGCGAGAAUAUUUGGCCAUAGAAAUGGGGAAAUAUUCUCGGAGACUUUGCUAGUUAAAAGUUAAUAAAUAAAUAAUUUUAAAGUUUCUCAUGAACCUCCCGCAAACUGUUUGUGGCUCCGAGGUUAGUUUUUAUAAAGAGUUAUCAGACUUUAUUUAUAAAACUUAGAAAAAGACAAAAAAAGAGGCAAGUCCUGUUUGAUAUCUUUUUGCAAUUGUACCAAAAGUGACUUAUUCUCGAUCUUGCUGGCUUCCGUUGUGUCCCCUCGUGUUGCGCUCUCUGUGCUCUCCGAGCUCCGCGUGGCGCUGUGCUGUGGUGGUGUCAGUGGCUGCCUUUGCCAUGUGCUGUUGUUCUCAUGCUUCCGUUGUUUUCCCUGAGCUCAAGCGAGAGGUUCACUUGGAAUCUCUCCGAAUUCUCCAGGAGGAUUCUGGCACACAGGCAAAGUUGCUGUUUUUCUUAGAGGUAAAGCCGAAUGGCUGGUGCCGCUAAGGAGGGAUGCCUGCCCAGAAAACACUGCUCUGCAGAGGCGCUUUGCAGGACGUCUGCUUCUCUCUCUGGGUGUUGGAGCUGUCGCUUCUGCACAAGCAGCUCAGGCCUCUCACUGCCCAGCCAGUGCUGGUCUCGGAGUUACCUGCGUGGGGAAUGCGUUCCCAAUGGAACUGCUCUCCUCUGGCAGAGAAGUAACACAAAGGAGAGCUAUAUAAGUUCAGAAGGAGACUGAGGGGAUUGAACGCUGGAGCUGGAUGUGGAUCUUGUGGUCAGAGCUCACGCUGUUCUCAUGGCUUCUGUGAUGAGAGGCAGGGCUGACAGCGUUUCGGGUGGUGCAGGACCUGCACUUGUCCUGAAGCUGCAGUCUCUUGUGCUGAGCAUCUGCAUAUUACUGAAAAGUGAGCUGUGUCUUGGUUACUUUUCUUUCCUGGUGCAGCUUCUGGCUGUAGGUAUUGGUAAAGGUAAACUUACAGCUGUGUGACGCAGCUGAGAAACAAUUUGUGGUCAGGCUCCGUUUCCACACUAGGACAGACCUCCCCGCCCUCACCUCCUGAAAGACUCAAGCCAAUUACUGAGUUGUUUUGGAGAAGAAAGGCAUGGGGAUGAAGUCCAUUUGAUCUUUUGGCUGUUGAAAAUCACCUGAGCACAGGAGACAGACAAGGAUGGCACAAGUGAAGUAUGGUUUGCUAUAUUAGGUGUGUUUUGGUGAUGAGUUUCUCACGUAGCUGAACUGAUACUGCUCUUUUCUGGGCUGGAAAGCAGGUAAACCUAAUGAGAGCUACAGUACAGCAGGAGAGGAGCUGAUGAGAUUUCUUGCUGAAAGGGGAGACCAGCUUUGCACUGACUGAUUGCAGAUUUAGGGAGAAGCUGUUCGGAAUGCUUUUCCCAGUGAACUUUGUGUAUAAGGAGUAGGUUAGAACAUGGCCUCCAGGCUUCCCCCAUCCAGCUCAUGGGCUUUCUCCUCUCUGAACUGAGGUGUUUGUUGUGCUGCUUCCUUGCCAUGUGCCGGAUGGGCUACUUGCUGUGCAAUGCUUGGCACAGACUUCCAGGCUCGAGCCUUUGUCUUCCAGCUGGUGGAUGGUGCCAGGAGGACAUGGGACACUCAACAUAGAGUCAUCUGGCUGGCUUAGGGUGUAAAACUCAACCAUAUCCCUCCCAGAGCCAGCCCGAGAUCUAACCUGUCGGAGAGCUCUUCUGACCCCAGUUGGAGGCCUGUCCUCUGCAGAGCAAAACUGGCUCCAUUUGCUGGAGAUUGUUGUGAAGAGCAGGCAAUGACAGGCAGUCCCACAGCCCUGGCAAACUCAUUUCCGUUGUAUUCUGCACCUGAUCCUUCUCUGCCUGCUGGACAGCAACUGCUGCUGCCAGUAAGAACCUGUGCUUCCCUGGAGCAAGUGAGGAGGACGGAACAGGCAUCAGCGCUGACUCCAGCCAUGAAUGCUGUCACUUCUCCUCUGCGCUGUGCUUGCUAGCUUGUGGUCCCAGCUUGCUUUGAGUGGCUGAAUGCAUUCAGUGAGGACACAUCGCUUUAGGGACGAGCGGGCACAAAGCUGCUGCCAUCGGGCGCCUGUGUGGUGAACCAGCUCCACGAGUGAGAUGGUUCCCUGCUCACAAAGUGCUCUGUCUGGCUCCAUCCUAGAGGUGCCGGAGAGGAUGUGGUCCUCUUGCGGGUGCUGCUUCCCCGCACUGGCGUGGUGUUUUUGGUUUUGUUCUCAGUGAAGUAUUGGAAUCUGAGUAAUGUAUUUCUGCGGUGUCUGAGGAAUCUCCCGUCACGCUCAGGGGACCCUGUCCUCGCCACCUGGCACCCAGUGCCUGCGUGCGGUGACCCUGCCCCGAGCCCGUCGCUCUGCUCUCUCUCUCUCUCUCGUAUAUAGCGUUCUGGAGUGUGGCAGUUCUUGUUCCUGAGGUGCUCGUCCGUUCGGUUUCCUGCUGUGAAGGGUGUUGUGUUUUCUUUCUCCUUUCCCGGUACAUUUUUGAUGCAGUGGUUGGGAGGUGGGGCCCGGCCCCAGCCGCCCGCAAAGGAACCAUGAAGUGUGUCCCCUGCAGCGGCCCAGCCGGGCGGGGCUUUGUGUAUCGUGUGGUGAAUCGUGUAAAGUGACUGCUGCGUUGUGCAGCGCCGGUGGGCAGCGCCGUCCCGAGGGAGCGGGUCGGGCGGAGCCCGUGGGCCGAGGUCGGAGCCGCCGCGGUGCCCUUCCUGGGCCCGGCUGGGCGGGGGGCGCCGUCCUUAGACGGGCACUGCCCGGAGGCAGCCGCGGGGCUCCGGCGGGGCCCGCCGUGCUGUGGGCCGGCGUCGCCGUGCUGCUGGGUCCGUCAUGGCCCCGGGCCUGUCCGCGGGGAGGCAGCGGGGCCGCGGUUGACGGGCGGCGGUAUUUAUUGCUAAGUUAUUGCCCUGCGCGGCGACGGCGGGCGUUAUUUAUUGCUGUACAUAAUGUUCGUCUGCCGGCGCGGCCGCCGUUGUUUUGUACAUGACAAUAAACAGCUUUCAAACACCA